AGCCUGAACAGCUGUCGAGUACAUCAUCGACAUUUGCGUAUGUUUUAUUUAAAAAGGGGCAGAAAAUGUAUUCUGCAACGUGCGCCCAUGGAGCCAGUGAUUGGAUUUAACGGCGCACGCAGUUUUUGUAGCCUUCCUGUUGCUACGGGAUGUUUUUGAGUUGCCCCCCGCUUGCUUUGUGACCACAGCUGUAGCACGAACGCUGCGUGGUGGGGGUGAGACCAUCAGGAGCCGCGAGGAGAGCGGAGCUUUUGGAGCGCAUGCGGAGCGAUGAGGAGGAAGAAGCUGUCUGUGGCGAGCUUCUUAUUCGCCUGGAAACUGCUACUGUCACUCAGUGUGGGUCAGUGUAAGGAGGUGGACAAUGCCGCGAGGACACGACAGGUGCCGAUGUCUCCCUCUGAUUUUCUCGACAAACUGAUGGGAAGGACAUCUGGAUAUGAUGCAAGGAUAAGACCAAACUUUAAAGGUCCUCCAGUCAAUGUUUCCUGCAACAUUUUCAUCAACAGCUUUGGCUCCAUUGCUGAAACCACCAUGGACUACCGUGUGAAUAUCUUCCUUCGUCAGCAGUGGAACGAUCCCAGGCUUGCCUAUGCUGAAUACCCAGAUGACUCACUGGACUUAGACCCCUCCAUGUUAGACUCCAUAUGGAAACCAGAUCUGUUCUUUGCCAAUGAGAAGGGAGCCCACUUCCAUGAAGUCACCACAGACAACAAACUGCUCAGGAUAUUUAAGAAUGGAAAUGUUUUGUACUCUAUUAGACUAACAUUAACUCUGUCAUGUCCCAUGGAUCUUAAAAACUUCCCAAUGGAUGUUCAGACCUGUAUCAUGCAGCUAGAAAGCUUCGGUUACACAAUGAACGACCUGAUCUUUGAGUGGCAGGAGAAUGGACCAGUUCAAGUGGCCGAAGGCCUCACGCUCCCACAGUUCAUUCUCAAAGAUGAAUCAGACCUCAGAUACUGCACCAAGCACUACAACACAGGUAAAUUUACUUGUAUUGAGGUGCGAUUCCACCUGGAGCGUCAGAUGGGAUACUACCUAAUCCAGAUGUACAUCCCUUCUCUGCUCAUUGUCAUUCUGUCCUGGGUCUCCUUUUGGAUUAACAUGGAUGCUGCCCCGGCCAGAGUGGCACUGGGCAUCACCACUGUUCUCACCAUGACAACACAGAGCUCAGGCUCCAGGACUUCACUGCCUAAGGUCUCUUAUGUGAAGGCUAUAGACAUUUGGAUGGCGGUAUGUCUGCUCUUCGUCUUCUCUGCACUGUUGGAGUACGCUGCCGUUAACUUCGUGUCAAGGCAACAUAAAGAGUUGCUGCGAUUUCGACGACAUCAUAAAAGCAAGAGCAAGAACAGUGGAGGUGCAGUUGAUCCCGGGAUGCUAGCUGAUUCCCUUCAUCAUGUUAACAUUGACAACGGCCUCAAACCAUCAGACCCUUUGUAUGGAUCUAUGAGCAACAUCUACACCAGCAACCACAGGGAAGGGGAAGUACAUGACAGCAAGCUGACCUCUAAAGCUGCUGCGACAUCCACUCCCAGCAACAGCAAGGAUUCAAAGGCCAGCACCAACAAUACAGUUACCGUUCUUAGCACCCAAGGAGCCCCAGCAAACACUACUCAAAACCCACCUGGAGUGGCAGCAGGUGGAGGGGGUAAAAGUACUGAAGAGAUGAGGAAAUUAUUUAUCGACAGAGCAAAAAAGAUUGACACUGUGUCGAGGGCUGGCUUCCCUCUGGCCUUUCUCUUCUUCAAUAUAUUCUACUGGGUCCUUUAUAAGAUCCUUCGACAUGAAGAUGUUCAUAAGCAGUAGAGAAAAAUAAGAGCAGAGAUUAUUUAUAUAUGUGCACACGCACACACAUCUUUGUAGUGGUAAUCACAUUAGGACACUGUCAACGACCUUUAUUUCCCAAUCCCUUAAUCCUGACCUGACCCUAUCCUUGAAAACCAUUCUGGAAGAGAUCACAUUGCGAAAAAAGGUGUGUGUCUGAGGUGUAAAACUCACAAUGUACAGAAACACAACAUUUUCCUUUUUAAAGUAGUGGUUUAAAUGUUCUGACUGUACACAAUAGUAAUUUACAUCCAUCCACGAUAAAAAUGAUGUGGCUCAGCUCACUCACCAUGUUACUUUUGAUAUUGACAUCAUCAUCAUCAUUCUGCUGAGGUAAAGACUGUUGUGAAAAAUGAGAGGCUGAUAUAGAAAGUAGGCCUUAAACCUGAAUGGUACAUACAACAUGAUACAUAAUUCAUAACACCGGAUAGAAUUAUAGCAGCUAUGUGUCAAAACUGUGAUCUGUCAAGGUAGGGGAUAUCUGUCAGCUCUACUUGUGCCAAAGUAGAAUGUUUUUAAAGAUUAACGCCAUGUCUCAACGUCCUUUCACUGUACAAAAGUGAAGAUAAAUAGCCCAGAUGUGCUGCCAUCUUGAGCCUUUGGUGUAAUUUGGUGCCAGAAUGAGCACAGAAGUGACUGUGGUGUGGUAUCAAGGUCGCAGUUGUCAAUUAAAAUGUUUGACCACGUAUUUAUAGCAUCAAAUAACUAAGUAUAAUAAUUAAGACCAAACAUCCCAGAAAAACAAACAUCCAUCAGUAUGAUGAGACCAUCUUUUGGAAAAAUGUUUUUCGCAUGUACUUUCAUUCCUCAUUUCGGCCAUGUCCCAUCUGCUCACAUGAAGCAGGCAGCAUUUAUGACCUAUACUGCAGCGAGUCAUUGGGGGCAAUCAAGAUGAUUUGGCUUCACAUUUUGUCCAUCUUUAUUUAUGGUAGAUGGUAAUCGACCAUGGUAGUCCAUGUGCACUGAGACCAGCUGCAUAUGCUUGUAGAGUUUAAAUGCUCCUGUGACCUGGAUGAUCAGCAUCAGAUGUGCUGAAAACUUUUAAGUAGGCUCCGAACAGAAAACUGACAGCAAAUCUUUAUUUCUCCUGCUGUAGGUGGAGCUAUCUUAGGCAAAAGGAAUUGGAACAGAUUCAUGACAUAAGCAGAGGUAAUCUCCAGCCAUCCGAAUUGACCAUGUCAGUAUCAAUAAUUAUCAGGAAUAAUCAUUUAAAUGUGUGUGUGCUACGCCUGAAACAGUCCAUUGAAUUAACAUGGUAUUGAUACUAAAUUAAAGGUCAUGUUUUAUUUCCCACAGAGCAAAAGUUAACAGCACAUUUCACUACACUUAGGGCCUAUUACAGUAGUUUAUGAAUUACCUUCUAAGUCAUAUUUGUCAAAAUGGAAAGGAUCAAUCCUUGAAGAUUGCAAAUGUGCUAUGAAUUUUAUGGUGAUAUAUGCAAUAUAUCAGUCAUGACUAUAAAUGAUCAUGACUAGUUGUUGUGAUAUGUCGCCUUGUACCGAAGCCAUGCCUGGACGAACAAAUGGACCAAUUGUUGUUACGAAAGUCUGUUUUAACGUAACACUCACACAUUUUCUUUUCUACAGUUGUAAAAAUUGACAUGUAGUCCUCAUUUUGGUUCAACAAAUUGUAACUGUCUCAAGACGUCCAGCACUGACAGAGAUCAGGCCAAGGAUAAAGAGGUUUAGUCCAGAACUGGUCUGGUUAAGUCAGUUCUAUUUCUGACUAUUUCAACAGUCAGAAAUAGAGAAAACUCGAAGACUAGAAAAGACUCCUCAAAGACGUGUGGAAUAUUUAGCACAUGCACACAGAUGCACACACAUUGUGUCACCCACUUGUCUUGCAGCUCAGCUCCCAAUGUUGUGUUUUUGGCCACCACCUCAAACUUCUCAAUGCACUCAAGCUCAGGCACAGCAUGACACGCACUGUACAUCAAUGCUAUUUAUUAUGCUAUCACACAGGAUUAGCUUUCAGCAAUUACUGUGCUGUAACCCAUGAUGGGACCAUUAUUAUUAUAUUUUCUACAAAAAUAUAUUAUGAGAGUUCUAUAGUAAAAUCCACUUCCUUAAUACGAUUUUCUCAUACUGGGCGUUCUGCUCUAUGAUCUAUGUCAAUAUCAGAACCAGAAAGAAAUUGUUUAUUUAUUUUGGAUUGACCAAAUAAUGGUUGAUUUAGGAGAUUUUUACCCGAGAGUACAUCAUUAAAUUGGAAUUUCAUUGUGUUUUCUAGGAAAGAGCUUGGCUCCAACUUUAAUUCCAGUCAGCUUGUUAACAUUACCUCAUACUGAAACAUUGAGUGUUUGUGUUUGAAACAUAGGGGCAGUCUGCAAAGGUUGUUACGCUUUAGUAUUACAUGAUGUUGUUGAGGUUUUUCAAUUCAGAAUGUUCUUCAUUGUUGUGAUGUGUUUGCCAUCUGUCAUAGUGAUCAUAGUGAUAUGAAGGUCACUGUUUCAGGCCUUGACAAGUUGUUUUACAUACCUUAGGGAAAUCAGUGGAAAAUGAUUGCUGCCUGCAGGAAGGAAAAUCACAUUUGAAAAUCUGAAAUACUAUUGUAUUGUAAAGUAUACAGACCAUGUAGGCUAAAACAUGAAAAAAACUAAACAAUGCAACACUGCAUUUGCUUUUGAAUCCCUGCUGUGCAACAGAAAAAAUGCAUUUACACCCAUGACUUGUUUCCUCAGUCAUUAGUUAGUAAUUAUGGAGCCUCAAAACAAGUUUGUUUUCCAACUAAAACACAGGUUUUGUCAUGUAAGAGAACUAACACCCAUUCCGUUGUUACACUUAUUAACACCACUGUUUCCCCUCAGAAACAUGUGCUAACUCAGAGUGCUAACUUCUGUAAAAGCAAAGGAGUGAUAGAAAUAGAUGCAAAACUAGAAUCACCGUUGAUGUUACCUUCCACCACUGGAGACUGCUCUUGGCGAGUGAAGGAAUGAAGUUUGAUGCAGAAUUUGCUGUGUUUCUGCUAGAUUGGCAGGCCUAAGUAAACAGCUGUUAGUGCUAACGUUGGCUAUGUAUUUACAGCAAAGAUUUAUGUGAGGAAUGAACAUUGUAGAUUCAGGGUUUUUUUUCUGGGAAUUUUAUUGAUAUUUGGAGAUGGAUGAUGGAUGAUGACUACAUGUGAUCCUUGGGGGGUUAGUCAGAUAAUGUCUGUGUGAUACUCUGUGUGAAUGCUGUGAGGUAGCCAGAUGACAGUAAGCUGAGAAUCAACUGAAAGGUAACAUGAAAAGGCAAUUUUACUGAGGAAGCCAUUAUUACCUAGCCUGGCGUAGCCAGACGAAUACUCAAAUUCAUAUUAGUCUGGGACCUCGGUUCAAUUUCGAUUUCCAAGAAGCGUUACCAGCGAAUGCAGACCAAAAUACAUCUGAGCUUUUAGAUUCAUUGCUUUUAUUUUUUGGCAAGGUCGUGUUAAUUAUGGCUUUUAAUGAAGAGCAGAUGCGUAACCACAUCAUACUAUACAAUAGUAACUAUCUCAUGAUGGUUUCCAAGUAAUUUUCAUUAUAUAAAAUGGAGACAAAACAUUAGAUCUCUGUAAGGAUACACAUUCAAAGUAUUUAAUAUAGGAGGAAAUGGUUAUGUAAGGUCUACAUGGAUUGUUUUUAAUAAUGGUCUUCUUGUACAUCAUGUUACCCUUGAAGUUCCCUUGGCUCACUCCUGCAGGUGUUUUCACUUUGUGCUAGAGCUCUAUACAGGACUAUAUGGGCAUGUACAGACUUUAUUUUGAUUGACAUCUCCUUCACUCUCUUGUUGGAUUUUGUACCUGCUGAUAGUAACACAUUUUUACACCACCAUAAUUCUGUAAUUACAAGCAUUGCCACUCAUUAACAUGAAAUGAGAUUUAAUGACCCAGCAGAACUGAAAACGCCUGUGUGGGUGUGUUACAUUUUUCUACUGUAGGCCUUGUGUCGUGUAUGUGUCACCUCCUGACUUGUGUUACUGCUGUCAAAUUAACUGUCUUCUUCGAACAACCAUUGAUGGUAGAACAGUUUUUAUUAAUUUUGUAGAAAAUAAAGUUGAAAUGUUAAUUGAUAUUGAUAUGAAUGCUCUGUGGGCUGAAAUGUUUUUUGCCAUGAAUGAAUCACAAGCGUGAAUCACAAGAGUAUUACUUUCAAAUACGUUUUUACAUAAUAUGAUUUCCUUUGCUUUUCAAAAGAGAUUGAAUUGUGGUGAUGACAUUAUGUGGUGGUUGGCUCAUGACUGAGUGCUACAACUUUUCAGCCUGAAACCUUAGAGAUAUUGGAGCCAUGGGUUGCGUCACUAGAUUUCCACUGCAUUUUUUCACACCAAAGACGUUUCUCAGUAUUUAUCUGAACCAUCAAUAAUAAAGACAUGGCUUUGUCUUUAUUAUUUCAACGUGUUUCAAAUGUGGUGAAAACGCGCUGAUUUUGGUUUAAUUACAUACAUUGUCACUGGAAUCCUGGAUUAAGCCGACUACAGUUAGUCUAAAUCAUGACUGGACUGUACAAUUUUUUUUUUAACAAACCAUCACAUUGCUUAUUUCUUUGUUGUGUCACAUUCAAAACACAAGAGUGAGUAUUUUUGGACCGUCUGUUGCCAGACUCUACUGGAUUUAAAUACAUUAGUGGUGUUCAUUGUUGAGCGCACACUCACUAUUUUUUGUAAAAUAAGAUGUGUAUAUUUUAUGUUGUUUGAAUUAAAUUCUAAAAAUAAACUUGGCAAUCACUCCAUGAA